UGGAACACAUUUUCUGAACUUCAGGACUACUGAGUACACGAGCGGGAGCAGAUGACUUGCGAUCAACAAGGAUUGAUUUGGGGUGUUCCUUUUCGAUUCGUGUUAUUGGUGUCCAGCUUUACGCAGAGGUUAUCGAUGAACUAACGCCUCGUUUACCGACUUGAUGGAAUUUGGAAGUAAUUCAUGCAGUUUGACAGACGGAUACAAUGUGACUAUUCCGACCAAAUGAGAAGGUUCUCUGUGAAGGAUUGUUGUCCGGUUUGAUCAGGUGAACUGUGUACUAACAUGGGUAAACUUCAAUCAAAACAUGCUUGUAAACGAAGGGAGAAUCCAGAAGGAGACAGUUUUGUAGUAAACGCAUUCAUAUCAAGAAGAGGGGCUGAAGAAUGCGAAAGGUACAGCGCGUUGGACCACAAAUUGAAGAAUAUUCAGGAGGUGCCGGGCGGCGAGCUGAAGGAGAGUCAAUUCAUACAGCAUCACUGUCCCCUAGAGGUGGUCUUGCCCCCAGAGAAGGCGGAGGGCUGUGAGAGUCUGCUGCAGUACCUCCAUGCUGGGGAUGGGGAGCGGGAGGCACCCAGGGAGUCAGCCAAAGGGAAGAAACGCAUCAGUCUGGAUGACCUGGAGUGUGACGUCUCUGUGGAGGAUGACAACCGCCAGGAGUGGGUCUUCACCCUCUACGACUUUGACAACAGCGGGAAAGUCACCAAGGAGGACAUGUCCAGCCUGAUGCACACCAUCUAUGACGUGGUGGACGCCUCGGUCAACCACUCGGGCCACAGCAAGAGCAAGACGCUGCGGGUCAAGCUGACGGUCACCCCGGAGCCCGGCACGCGGCGGAGGAGAGAGACCAUCAGCACAGGAGCAGAGCGAGAGACGGGCCGCUGUCACACAGAAGAAAACCGUAAAAAUUUCACACACGCCAGAGGUCAGAGUGAGAACCCAGAGGGCCAUCACUACUGUGUGGACGAGAACACUGAGAGGAGAAAUCACUACCUGGACCUAGCUGGUAUCGAGAACUACACCUCGCGCUUCGAAGCUGUGCCGGAGCCGCCCACGCCGAGAGGCCCCCACCCCCAGAGCCGCUCCCGCUCCCAGGAGCCCGAGGCCCAGCAGCACGCCGCCGCCGCCACUGCCCACCAGCGUCGCUCGCAGGUCAUCGGGGAGUACUGCACGGCCGUGGAGCCCCGCAACAGCAGAGGCCUGCCGUUCCUCAAGUCCCCCAAGGGGGUGGGCAAAGGCAUGGCCGCGUUGCUGAGCGGCGCCAACGCCAACCCGUCCGGCUCCGGGGGAGGAGGCAAGUCGGGCCGCUGCCACGGCGGCUACCACGCGCCCCUGCACCACAGCGCCUCGGCCGGCUCGCAUGGUGGCCAAGAUGUGUAUCACCUGACCCAGCAGCAGCAGCAGCAGCAGGCUCAAGGAAACCUCCACCAUCAGCACCAGCACCAGCACCCGCUACAGCACAGCCACAGCAAGCGGCUGAGGAACAAGACCCGUGACGGCCUCUCCCCGGCCAAGGGCCCCCAGCAUCAGCACCAACACCAGCACCAGCACCAGCAUCAGCAACAGCAGCCACUGUCUCCACAGCAACAGCAGCAUCAGCAGCAUCAACAGUCGGCUCCCCUGCCCAGCUCUCCCCCGGGCCUGGAGCGCGAGCAGCAGCCCCCCGCAGUGCUGCCCGGCAGCCCGGGUGGGUUUGUGGUGCCCCUGGUGCAGCGGCACGAACACCACCACCACCACGAACACCACCACCAUCACCACUAUCACCACUACCAUCAGACAUGACCGACCACACACACACACUCACACAUACAGUAAGCUCGUGCAGUAUAUCUACGCAUGCAUACUCCUACUCACACAUACAUACACACGCUCACGGGGCGUCCAGAAAGAAGAUGAGGUAAACACAGACUACGUAUGUCGGCCGGAAGCACGUGCUCUGAGAAGGACAUACGGUAUUCCUCUGAUCUGCUUUCGGUCACGUGCCAAGAGGACCUGACUUGGCUACCAGUCAUAGCAAACUGUGGACACAAGACUGACCUGAAUGCUGAUGGUCCCACUUCACUUGACUUUGUGUUGCCUCUUUAAAACUGUCGGUUUUCUGGUAGGCCUACUACAGCUCGACAAAACGCGACUCGGCCGCCACUUUCUGCUUUUCGAAUAGGCACAACACAGCUCAACCGUAGAGCAACAAGUGGCGGCCGAGUCGCGCUGUGUCGAGCUUUACGUAGGCAUACCAGAAAAGCAGCAGUGGAAAGGUGGCAUAAAUGGCCGAGUUCAAAGCUAGAAGAGAUUCCCAGUUGUGUACUGAACAUGUAUGAAGAUGAAUGAAUGGACUUAGACGUCACGUUACUUGGAUGAUGAUGUCAGUAUCUGUCCUAUCGCCGUUGAGGUUUGUUUGAUCGAUAAACCUCAAAAGCUCUCAAAAGUAACUUCCCAUGAUGCCCUUACCUCCUGCACGAUGUAUUCAAAUAUUUACCGAAUGAUAACAGAAUAAUAUGGGGCCAAGACAAGAAAAGACAAUGUUCAAAUAUUACCCAAGCAGAUACUAAUCUGCAAAAUGAAAACCUUUUGACUCAACCUUAAUUUCUGGGUAGUCAUUUACCCCUGGAGCAAGACGUCAGUCAUCUUAAUUGAAGGGCAUUUUAAGGUUUGAUUUGCUUAACUCAACCACAAAACUCUUUGAUUAAGAGGUUUACGUCUUGCUCUGAGUUACUUUACAGAGGUUGGUCCCGACACCACUGUCUUGGCGUUGCACCUCUGCUCAUGUACGUAGUAGUGGGUCUCUGAUGAAGAUGGCGAGUGGCGUCAUUCAAAGUACUGCCAGUGUUCCAAAGCGUAGGUUCUCAGGUGAAUGGUGCUGCUCUUUAGCUAUUCUUACUUUCUUCAAAUCCCUUUCCCCCUCUCCCCCUCUCGUUCUCUCACUCUCUCUCUCUCAAAAGGCUGCUUCUUCCCCUCCCAUACCUCUCUGUAACCAUGGAUACAAGUCAAUCUGGUUCCUCCCGUCUUUUCCUGUGCCCUGUGACCUUGUGAUGCAAGGCUCAACAUCAUCAAUGAGCACCAUUUCCCAAUGUCAAGUGUAUGAGACUUCGAAGUGUGUCAGCCUAAUUAGUCAUGCCCAGUGAUUGGAUACUACGCAGAGUUCACCAAAGAGUAUCCAAUCACUGGGCGUGAUUACAAAGGCUGAUACACUUGGAAGGACGCACGCUAGACAUUGAGAAACGGCCUCAGUUUUCUCCACAGGGGCGGGGUGUGCCCAAAGCAAGAGUCAAGAGUGUGCAGGAAGGGAGGCGAGGAGCUACUAGGUUGACUUGCAGUCUCCCCAUGUCCCAAAGCCUCUGCUGCUGUCACAGAGGCGCUCCUUUUCAGAGUUGUGUAAAGUAGAAGUUGAAGUACUCUUAACAGAUGUAAUUACAACACUCGUAGUGUGAUAUUACAACGUUGAAAUCAUGUAAUAUCAGACCACUAGUGUUGUAAUAACAUUUGUUAGAGUACUUCUACUUCUACUUUAUACAACUCUGCCUUUUCCCAAGAGGGGGAGAAAAUGAAAAAUCACCACUGCCAGUUUUAAUGCAAAAUAAAACUUCUUAUAUAAUGUGUCAGAAAAUCUAUAUGAGUAUACACAAUUACUGUAUAAUUGUACUGCAUAAUAUGCAUAUUUAUCAUGGUUUAUACAUAUGCAUAUAUGUACUUUUUGUAUAUUUUAAUAAACAUUUACACUUCAUUUAUUAUGGUUGUGGUUAAAUUGUUUACUCCAGAAUCAACAAGCUGUUGCAAGUGCAAAUAAGAAUGACCGUUUUUGUAUUUGACAACUGUAAGAAAUGUUUAUUCUUAAUUCAUGCACAGUAAAUUGGUUUGAACUGGUUUUAUUGAGACAGACAUGAAGGCCAUGUGUAUAUAGUCAAUACAUGAACAUCUGUGAAUAACAGCUGCAGAAACCCAAACCAAACGCUCCUUUUGAAGGCCAAAAACAAGCAGGUACUGCCCUCAUUUUUUGCAUGGACAGGAGCUGCAAAAGAAAAAAAAAUAGACAAGUAACACUUUCACCAGUACCAUACACCAUACACCAAGCAUCAUGAAUUCCAGUGCAAUGACUUACAGUCAAUGUACAGUUACACUUUACUUGACGCAAGCGUCAUACGUAUGACAUAAUAGUGUCAUGAACACAGUCAUGAACUAGUCAUAAACAUCAUGUCAAUGUCAUAAAGGUUUUAUGGUCAUGAAAAGUUGACAUUGUUAGGCCUGUCUUCAUCAUAACCGAAUGUCACUUAAUGACAGUCAUAAUAUGUUUUUGAUAUUGACAUAAUGUUCAUGACACAUGCAUGACUGCAUUAUGACAAUGUUAUGACACCGUUAUGUCAUACGUAUGACACCGGCGUCAAGUAAAGUGUUACCCAAUGUACCAUAACGGUGACAUUCAUUUGGACCCAGCCCCCGUUGUGAAACUCAGUGCAGCCGCUUCUAAAAAUUACAAGCCUAUUAUGCCUCUUUUCCACUACGGGUUUUCUGGUAGGCCUACUGCUUGACACAGUGCGAAUCGGCUUCCACUUUUUGCUUCACGAUUGAGCUGUGUCGUGCCUAUUCGAAAAGCAAAAAGUGGUGGCCGAGUCACGCUGUGUCUAGCUGUAGGCCCACCAGCUAACUACCAGUGGAAAAAGAAACAUUAUCAUCCACCCACAACACUCACCAACAAUGAGCUUCAAAUUGGAGUAACACUGCGAGAGGUGUCAAGCCUGCUCUCACCUCAGGAAGUGAGAAUUAUGCCAUAUAUAUUUGAUCCAGUCAUUUGCUUUAUUACCAAGGUGACGCUAAUCAUCCAACAAAUCAUCACAUAGCUUUACACAUAAACCCAGCUAUAGACAUAACCCGUGGCAUAACACAGGAUGACUGACACGUCUGUGCUCUGUUUUGAAAAAUCUCAUAUC